UAAAUAUCAUUUGUAAAUAUGUUGCUUUCGCAUUGUCCAUUAGAAUACAAUCGGCAGAUACCAACAAAACAAUUUCGAAAAUGUACCGUACCGUGUACUUUUUUUGUUUAUUCUUCACGCUCUUGUGCGGAGGUGUCUUUGCUAACAUAUGUGAUGUGUGUGAUUGUCAGUCAGCUGGAGGUCGAGUUUUUUCAAUUACGUGCGAUUGCAUUGCCACGCAGGAUUUGCAUUUAACUUCAAGCAUGAUGAUGAAGGUGGAAUCGACUAACAUGGUGAUAAUAAGAAAUUGCCAAACAGUGAGCAUAGAACGUAACUCCUUCGCCCAACUUGAUAAGCUGGACACAUUGGGAAUACAAAACUGUUUACGUGUCUAUCUGGCUACUGGUGCGUUUUCCAAGAUUAAUUCCCUUUUAAUUAAUAAUGUCCAAAACCUAUCGUUCGGCGAAAUGUCAUUUAUGGGAGCAAGAGGGAUAAAGAACAUCAUCAUUAACUCUUCCAAUAUUACGGAGAUGCCACAUUUUUCAUUCUACGACGUUCAAGGUUUGGAUAGGUUCACUCUGUUCAACGUAAAUAUUGACACUAUACGUACCAACGCCAUUAACAUCAGCGCAAAUACCGUAGGAAUUGAAAGCGCCGAGAUUCACAAUAUAGAAACAGACGGAAUUGCGGUCGAUGCCACAAAGGUAUACAUCCAAGAUUCCGAAUUCGGCCAGCAAAACUAUCGCUCCGUCAAAGUGAAAACGAAAUAUCAAACCAGAUUGCUCAACAAUAAAUUUUCGGGGCUCUUCCGUAUCGAAAUUACUUCGCCUUUCGUCGAAUUUUCCAAAAACCGCUUUGAAAGUCUUCAUUCAUCGACAUUCAGUACAAUCACCCUUUCCCGAAUGAUGUCCAAUACGAUUACAAACGGUGACUUGCAGAACAUCUUCCCGUUGUUCAGUCACAAAGACUUCCACAGCAACCAGUUCUAUUGCAGCUGCCAACAAGGAAACUUACUGAACGUCACGAAGAAUUCACCCAAUUACGAGAUUUUGAAGGAAAAUUUUUGCAUAAGUAAUUGCAGUGUAAGCGUUUUUGAGUACGAAGUGGAAUCGGCCGCGAAAUGUAUGAAGGAUCGAGUGCUUGAAGCUAACAGUUUCUGCACGGAAGAUAGGUGGCUGAGCAAGAAUGUUUCGAGCACUACUCCAAGAGAAGACAAGAACCGAGUUCUUCCCCCUACACUUUUACAGCCGAGGUUUCUGUUGGACGAAUCUCCGGAAGUUCCCGUACAUUCCGGAAGUGAAAAGAAUAUUUUAAAUUCUCUUGCAAUAAUGGUAGGGCUUUCGUUAAUGCUCCGAUUUUGAUUUAAUUUUUGUAAAUCUUUAUUUAUUAUUUGGUUUAUUUAUAACUAUUAGAGAUAGUACAAAUUUUUGUGUAGCUUACUGUGGGCAAAGAUGUAGUAUUUAUCUUUGCCGUGGUUAAUA